CAAGUGGGUCAAGGGAGGGGGAGGGAGCCACAGCCUGAGCUGAUCCCACGUGUGACGGUUGCAUUCCCGGCUCAGUAAUAUUCUCGUAGCGGGCUUCGUUUGCUGUGUCUGUGUGUGUGUUAGGUACUGCAAAUAGCUAGGUUAGAUAUGGAGGGAGACGGGAGCCAAGCCACAUCUGGGAGCCCUAAUGAUUCGCAACACGACCCGGGUAAAAUGUUUAUCGGUGGCCUCAGCUGGCAAACUUCACCAGACAGCCUUAGAGACUAUUUUAGUAAAUUCGGGGAAAUCAGAGAAUGUAUGGUGAUGAGGGAUCCAACGACAAAGCGCUCCAGGGGAUUCGGAUUCGUUACAUUUGCGGAUGCUGCCAGUGUAGAUAAAGUCUUAGCUCAGCCACAUCACGAAUUAGACUCGAAAACGAUUGACCCCAAAGUUGCCUUCCCUCGACGUGCUCAACCCAAGAUGGUCACAAGAACAAAGAAAAUAUUCGUAGGAGGAUUAUCAGCAAACACAGUAGUUGAAGAUGUGAAGCAGUAUUUUGAACAAUUUGGCAAGGUAGAGGAUGCCAUGCUUAUGUUUGACAAGACUACUAACAGACACAGAGGCUUCGGCUUUGUGACUUUUGAGAUGGAGGAAGUAGUGGAGAAGGUCUGCGAGAUCCAUUUUCACGAAAUCAAUAAUAAAAUGGUAGAAUGCAAGAAAGCCCAGCCCAAGGAAGUGAUGUUCCCUCCGGGCACGCGAGGCCGCGCCAGGGGCCUGCCCUACACCAUGGACGCCUUCAUGCUGGGCAUGGGCAUGCUGAGUUACCCCAACAUUGUUGCGACGUACGGCCGAGGAUACACUGGCUUCGCCCCCAGCUACAGCUACCAGUUCCCUGGCUUCCCAGCGACGGCGUACGGACCAGUGGCGGCGGCGGUGGCGGCGGCGCGUGGCUCAGGGUUCCCCGAUUACGGGUUCUAUUCCGCGGCCGGUGGCGACGUGCGGGGACCCCCCUACUCCCUUGCGGACUAUGGUUCCCUGGGGCCCCCCCAGGCUGCUCAGAUGCUGCACAGCGAGCACGCCAGCUCGGCCUGCACCUCUCCCCUCCAGCACCUGCACAGCCCGGACCCCUUUAAGAGCCCAGGCACCAACCCGGCCAGGCCUGGAGCCUUCCCAGGCGCCAACAGCCCCGGUCCGGUGGCCGACCUGUACGGUCCAGCUAGCCAGGAUUCUGCCGUGGGCAACUACAUCAGUGCCGCCAGCCCCCAGCCUGGUUCUGGCUUCGGGCACAGCAUCGCUGUGAUGCCAUAUAACAGCAAGCAUUACAGCAUCCACACACAGACGGAGAAUGGAGGUGGCACCAGGUGAAGAACAAAAAGAUCAAUCGGAAUCAUCUCAGAAAAAAGACUACAAUCUGCUGUACUAUAAUCCAAACCUGGCUUUUCAGAUACUAUCCAAGCGUAACCCAGUAUCUUUGUGUAGGAUUUGUUGAUGUUGUUUUGAUUUUUCUUUAUCACUUUAUCCUUAUUUCAAUCGGUUUAGAUUUUUCUUGCGUUUUGUGUCUUUCUUUGUUCAAGUUUAGAUUAAGCUUUAGAUUGUAUUCAAUAUUUUUGUGUAUCUUUAUCCUCUCAGAAAAGAGUAACGAUAUAUAUGUAAACUGGUUUGAUUCAGUUUUGUUUUCUUAUUUAGAGUUAUGUUGUAAUCUUUGGGUGUCAGUUUGCACACACAAGGCAACUGAUAUUAACCUAUGAGGCUUGAAAAGAGAUAGCUUCGGUUCAAAUAAAAGGGUAUACUAAUACAUUUUAUUCGCUUAUUCUUUAAAUUUUCCUCUUCCUUGUAAUAUCGUUACCAUAUUUACCUAUUUUGGGCAAUAAGAGGACUACAAUAUUUUCAAAGUCCUUUUUUAUAAAUGUUUUUGUUGUCCGGAGGAAGAAAAAAAGUUUCUUUUUAAUACUUUGUGAAUUCAGAUUUUAAAAAAGAGGAAUAUUAUCAUGUAAAUAUUACUUCACUGCAUAUAAUGGUUUCAGAGAGAGAACCAUAUUUUUGUGAUGGUUCACCAGAGAGGGUCGUACUGUGCUCGGGUGCAAGUGUCCAAGAGAACAUUGAAAACUCUCAAGUCAAACAAAAAUCCAUUUGUAGCACAAAGGCCAUUAUAGACACCAUUGAGAUGAGAACACUGUUGGCUUGCUCUGUAAAUAAUGUCAGCUUUCCUACUGUGGCCAAUGUCAUACCAGCAUAUUGUCUACAUGGUAAGCUAAGAUGUGCACAGCUUCAUAAAGAUGACACAAGGUUAACACUGGACAUUUUAACAAAAUGUCCUUCAAACCAGACUUCUUUUGACUCUUGCAAGUAGAAUAUUUUGUCGCUGCGACUUUGAAAGUCAAUACUAUAAAAAGAAAACCAUGACAAAAUCCAAAGCACACUUUUAUUGUGUAUCCGUAGGACAAAAAUGUUAUGCUGAAGAGUGUCCCAAACAUUUCACACUUAUCUGCAACAUUUCAAUGUUUCAUUUGACUUUGAAUGAUUGUCUUCAGUUUUGUUAAAGUUAUUUCAGCUUUUUGUUUUAUUCUUUUAAAAAGAACUUAGUUUUAAUGUGAUGGAGGCUAUAUUUAAAGGCAGAUAUAUUCAACCUCUUGGAUGUUAAAUGAUUAUUAUUAAGUAGGAUGGAAAUCUUUUGUUACCUCAGUCCUGUGAGUUUUGUCUUGGAAAAAAGACAAAUUAAUUUAUUGUAGGCUGAAACAGAAUGCGAAUGGAUUAAAUAAAACAAGUUGUUGCACUGUGACUUUAUCAAAAAGGUUGUGACCAUAUUAUAUUUGCACAUUUCAAGUGUUGGCUAUUUGAAAUGGUCUGGUUCCAGGGAUAUGAAGGAUUGUUCUUCUAGAAUAUUGCAAUUGGAUUAUACGUUCUCAAAUGUUCUGCUUAAGAGUUUCCAAAAAAAUACUUGGUAUGUAAAAAAGAGAAAGGAAGUUAACACUAAAGAUGAUGUAAAUAAGGAUUAGCUCUCAAAUUAGAAGCAGAUCUUUGAAAUUCAAAAUUAUAAAGGAUUCAAUGUGUUUAUAUGUUGAUUUGUUUCUCAAUGCAGAUAUGUUUAUGUAUGUCCGUUUUGCUUCAGUUUGUUCAAAACCAUAUGAAGCAAGAGUGCUGGAUUAUUUUUACAAUUUAGAUGGGGACUUCAUCAAGUAAUAAUCUAAGGAUCUAAAACAAAAAUACAUGCUAUCAAUUAAAAAGAGAAGACGUAUGCUCCCACCCUUGAAUGCUUUCAAUUUUUAAGAAGGAUUUGUAUCAAUAUUUUUGUGGUUGUUAAUGAUUAUAUAAAUGAUAAUAAUAAUUAUAAUGCUAACAAUAAUAAAUAUUAUGUACUGUACAUCCAUCAGAUUCUCUCUCCAUUCCCUGUCACCUUAUAAAAUAAUCUUAUGUUGAUCAUCAAUGUAUUUCAGUAACGUGUGAAAAAAGAAAAUUGCUAAUUACCUUGUAACAAAGUGCUGUCUUUGAUGCCAGUGUAGUGGUCUAUACACUUCUUUGUUGACCCCUCUUUCUUCCCUCUCACCCUCCCUUUGUCGCUCUUCUUCUGUCUCUCUCUCCUAGUAUCUAGUGGUAGAUGUUAUAUAGUUAAAUUAAGAAGUAGAUGUAGUUAUUAGCCAAUUUAGGACCAGUAAGGAUAGAACUUUCUCUUAUCAUAGUUAAACAAAAAUGCUGACAUUUGUUUUGGUAGCAUUUUCCCACCUAUUUUCUGUUUUGCUGAUCUCACUUGGUUUCAUCUAACCAAAGCUCUCAUUGAAAACAUUUUAAGAAAAUAAAUUGCUGAAAGAUCGAAUUGUAAACAAGGCAUUAAUUGGAUCCCCACCCUUGAAUGUUUCUAAAGGGGUGUGCCAUACUACCUUAAAUGCUAAUGCUAGAUAUGCAAAACGGCUUUUGCUUUUUUUCAUGAGAGACACAUCUAUGGUUAUAAACAUGAUGGAGUUUAUCACAUAAAUGGAAAAAUCUUAUAUUUUUAGGAAGUUAAACUAGAUUAAUGAUUAUAAUGGUAAUAAUAACAAUAAUAGCUAUUAUGGAUAUCAUUAAUCUAAACUCCACGUUUAAUAUUUGUAACACUUAAAAUAUCCAAGUUGCCCAUAGCACUACUAAUUAGGAUUUUUAAAUUUAUUUUUUUACUUGUCAACUUAAAUUUAUUUAAUACUUCGGUUUGGAUUAAUUUUUGGGAAUUAUUUUAUACUCUUGGAACCAGCUCUUAACUUUAAUCAAAGCCAGGGUGUCAAAAAAUGUUGUUAUCAAACUGAAAUUACAUCGUAUUGUUAUUCAUUUACAUUUCUAAUUAUGGUACAUCAAAUGCCAGGUAUACUUUGAAGUGAUUGUUGGUACAGUAUGAAUUUGCUGUGUGCAAUAAUUUAUCUUAUCUUCCUGUGUGAAAGUUAUUGAUUAGUAUAGAAGUAAGCGAGUUCGUGAGAUUAAUGUAAUUUAUAAGAGCACCAUUGGAAGUAUUUUUAAACAGGGUGUAUUUUUUUUAUCUGAGGACUUUUUUAGGAUAGAUCUUAUAGUGAUAAGACCAUAAACCCUAAUGUGCUGUCUGGAUAAGUUCUUGUCUCAGUGCCAUGUGUGCAGUGGUGCCACUACAAGAUUAUGUAUAGUUUUCACAAUAUCACAAUAGUGUCAAAAGAUUUCUCUUCUCAUAGUGAUAGCUGCACUUUGAAGCCUUUGUAGAACAGGUAAACGUAAUACUAUUUUCGCGUUUUGUCCAAUUGAGUGCAGAUGAAGAGAGAGAAAAUCUCCAGAACAGCAGACGUUUAAUGUCUCCCUGUCUUCACACAAAAUGAUGUCCUGGUUUAGCAUUUGAUUAAUGUAAAAGCUGGUUUUCAUUAAAAUAGUCAAUACCAUCAUUCAUUAGUUUCAUUCAUUUGUUUUUUUCUUUUUUUCUCGUAGCUUGGACUUUAAGGUAGCAUGGCUCUGUUGCUGUACUUUAAUUUCACAUUGACAGCAGUUUACAGCUAAUGAAUGUUAUACAUCUUGCUAGGUAUUCAUUGGAUAAUUGUUGGUUUAAAAAAUUAUUAUAAAAAGAGCAAAAAAACAACAACAAAACAAAGAAAAAAUACGACCUGGAAGGUGUUGGGUUAUAAUGGGAGCGUACUACCGUAUCCAUUUAAACUUGAAUCUUGAGGCAAGUGCUAGGCAAUGGCCAAACGAUCAUCCCGUCACUGAAUUAAGAUAGCGCACACAUACUAUAAUACCAGGUACAUAUGUAUAUACAUGUACACUGAUUAAGGAUAUAUGAGUGUAUAUAUCUGUUAAAUAUUUGUUUGUGUCUCAUGGCUGAGGGCUCAUUUUAGAUUAACUGACCUCCUUACGCUCUGAAAUGUUGAAGUAGCCAAACAUUGUUUGUUUCACAUACAUGUCACACUUGACAUAUUUCAUUUUUUUCCAUUAUGCUACAAAAUGGCUGUACUGGAAAAUGUGGGAUGUAGAGCUGUUAAUGAUACUUGGGUUAUAGUACAAUUGUUUCAAACUGACAGAUGAUGGUUGGUCACACAUUAGAAGUGUGUGCGCUGUAGGUGAGCAGAAGAAAAUACAGUACUGUCACAAAUGUCAUGUGCAUUUCUCUGACAGGUGACCUUAUAGAUGUUUGUCUUUCAUGGCCCCUCCAGGGUUCACUCUCUCUGAUUGCCUUGCCCAUUCCUAACACUUGCCCAUUUUUUAAUGUUAACGGACUUUUUACCGUGAGAGCUGACUGAACGGACUGACUGUCUGAAAGCAUCUUUCAGGUCUUCUUGUAUGGCUUGCUCAAGCCCUGUUGUAAAAAUAAAAACUAAAGUGGAUGGGGGUCUCUCACAUCUCAGAUGUGGAAAGUAUAAUUUUAUAUUUGUAUUUUCAAAUAAUGAUAAUAAUGAAAAUGUUUGUGAAAGGUUUCCAUCCUCUACUGUGGUCCAGAAAUCAAUGUGUUUGUCUGGAAAAAAAAAUAAUUAAAAAAUAAACUGU